AUGUUACCCAAUUUUGCAGAAGUGGAAGUGGAGGCCUUUCCUUUGCCUUUGGCAGGAGAAGACGAUGGGGGUGGGAGGGUGUUGGUUGGUGAGAGGUCACUGGGAGGUAGUGUAGGCGAAGAUGGUGCUCGGGGAGGAGGAGGGGAUGGGUCGCGGGGUGGAGAGGGUGCGCUCGAUGGUUGUGGAGGGAGAGAUGGGUCACAGGGUGGUGAUGGUGCUUUGGGUGGUGGUGGAGGUGGAGAUGGGUCGCGGGGUGGAGAUGAGGCAAUCGGAAGUGGUGGAGGUGGGGAGUAUUCGGGGAUGGAGGACGGAGGUGGGACUGAGGCAGGGGUUGGAGGAGGGGAGGACUCUGAGGAGGAAGAUGGUGGUGGAUUAUGGCGACAGAGGGCAUAG